ACCUUGGAUUUGAAGGAGUUGAAAUGAUUUGAUAUGACUAGUUUCACGGACUAAAAGUAUUGUGAGCCGUGCCAGGAUGCCAGAGACUGUUUAUAUUUGGACUAAGCCGUUCACUUGGUUGAUUAGUGGUUACCUAAGCGUUCCAGGUAGCGAGAAAAAUCGCUUCCAAGUGUCAGAUCCAGGGCACAAGCGAACAGCGACCUCAAACAGACCGGUGGGGAAAUAUGACAGAAAGCCCAUUUCAGCAUUGUAUGUUCUUAUGCGAAACAUGGAAGAAGAGACAUUGAAGAUGAGAAAUGAGCAAAUCUGGCAGCGGAAGUUGGUCGAUCGAUCAGUGUAAAUCAAUUUGCUAGCGAGGGAAUUAAGUUUGGGCUGUUCAGUUGUAGUUGUUUUCCCUGAUUGGCGUUACGGCGAACCUGUUUCACAUUUAAUUUGUCUAAACGUUCGUCGUGGAAAUGCGCUUCGUGUUGUUAGUGGAGUCUGUGGGGUGUUUAUGUAGGCUACCUGUCCAGUGAACUCAACCAGUGAAGCUGCUGUAGUUUUAGCUCGUGCCAAACAAACAUGCGGGACAUGACCGUGUUUGAACGAUCCCCCGUGACCGUGUUCGCCGCGGAGAUGAUGGAGGUGUUUGACCGGACUCCCACGGAAAAAGAGCUCGUCUCUCAGUCCAAGGAACUUUGUAGAGACUUCAUUCACUCCAGAAUCCUAAGGGAAGGACUCAGCUGGUCAAAAGUUGAGCCAGAUCUGCCCGAGCCACACGGAGCUCUUGCAGAUGUAUCUGUGGUGCUUCUUAAACUGGGUGAUGAACUGGAGUGUAUGCGCCCAUAUGUGUAUCGUAAUAUUGCGAAGCAGCUGAACAUCAGUGUAGCAGUGGAGGCUGUGGUGUCAGAUGCCUUCCUCUCUGUAGCAACAGAGAUCCUAGCCAUGGGGAUCACAUGGGGCAAAGUGGUGGCCAUCUACGCUGUAGCUGCUGGGCUGGCUGUGGACUGUGUGCGACAGGGCCAUCCAGUCAUGGUGCACACCAUUGUGGACAGUCUGGGAGAAUUUGCGUGUAGGAGCCUGGUCCCAUGGCUCAAAAAGAGAGGAGGAUGGGGGGACAUUUCAAAAUGUGUGGUGAACAUGGACUCUAGAGCUCAUGCCCAUUGGUUAUCAACAGCUGUAUUAUCAUGGAGGGAAUUCAUAAAGACCAUGUACAUCUACUUGACGAAGUAGCCUUGUGCAGGAAGUCAUCCUGUUGACUGAGAACUGAAACUUUCCCUCCCAGAACUAUUUGAAUGGUCCAUUGUACUGUUUGUGGAGCCCUGGAGAGCAAACGGACCCUCACAAAGGUUACAGCACGUCACCCAGGUUCAACUGCACCUUAAAGGGUUAGUUCACCCAAAAAUGAAAAUUAUGUCAUUAAUUACUCACCCUCAUGUCGUUCCAAACCCGUAAGACCUUCA